GGCAGCCCUCUCAGAGGGGUUAAUCUCUCUCCCUCACUCUCUCCUUCUCCCUCUACCUCCCUCCCUCUGUCGGCUUUUGUUGCGGCCCCUCACUUUCUCAGCACUUGGACUCUUGAAGUGAUACUUUGCUUGUGUUUAGCUCGGGUCUGGUCACUGCUCCUUCUCUGGACUGUACUGAACAUGACUGGCAGGACUCUGACACACUGAUGGAAUCGGCACCUGUGGCAGCAUCCUAAAGAGGGACAGGACAACAUAUUUCACGCAGUGGCAGAUUCCUCGGUGGCAGUGUGGUGUUGUGUACGACAUUGUUUCCCAUGGACCUAAGGGUGGGAGAGCGGGGGAUGCGCCCUGGUUCAGACACGGCGCUCUACACCCCGUUGCACCCACCUUUACUCUUCUCCCCACAGACUCGCACCUCCUUCUCUCAACAGCAGCUUCACCAGCACAUCCGGUUUAAUAUGGAGCAGAGGAGGCGAGAGCAGGAGCAGCAUGAGAAACAGCAGGAGCUGCAGCAGCUUAAACACAAGGACAAAAGUCAACAGAGUGCUGUGGCCAGUUCCCUGGUGAAACAGAAACUCCAGGAAGUGAUUUUGAAGAAACAAAAACAGGCGGCAUUGGAGAGGACUAAUUCCAACAUGCUGACUCCCCCAACUGUAGCAUACAGAAAACUGGGUCCAGACCCCGGUGUUUCCACUCAGCCUCUGACCUCGUCUCCAUUACAGCAUUCAUCAGAGGGUUCACAGGGAACGCCGCUGCGCAGAACAGCAUCAGAGCCCAAUCUGAAGGUGAAACACAAGCUGAAAAAACAUCUGAACACCCGCAAGAACCCACUCACUCGCAAGGAGAGUGCCCCACCUGCUGUCAAACACAGAGUGCCUGAUACACUCGACUCAUCCCCCAGUAGCAGUAGUACUCCCGUCUCUGGUUGCAGUUCGCCAAAUGACAGUCUGCCCAAUGAGAAUGGACUGCUGCCAUCUGCAGGCGGACUUUCACAUGAGGCCCAGAGAUUGCUUCUGAAGGAUGGUACCAUCGCUAAUUUUACCGUCCAGAGUGCCUCCACUCUACCCACCAUAACGCUGGGACUGCCGGCCAAUGCCAAGGCUGAUGGUGAGUUGUCCUCUCUGAAGGUCGGCCGGGUGCCAGUGGUUUCAGGCGGGGGCUCACCUGUCUUCCUCCCACUGAGCAGAGAGGAACAGCCUGGCCAGCUGAACCCACACCUCCCUGUCAUCAUCCUGGAGCCCUCCGGACUGGUACACACUCCUCUAAUAAGUGUUCCAGGCAUAGAAUCUGUGCCGCUGCAGUUUUCAUCCCAGAGAGAUCACCUCAGUCCAGGGGGCACUCAGCCCCACAAGCCCUUGAGCAGGACACGUUCAGAGCCCCUGCCCCAAAGCCCCCACACUCUUCACACACAACUCCUCCAACAGCAACAAAAUGCCCAACUACUGGAGAGGCUCAAACAGCAGACUCAUCUGGGAAAGUUGAUGUCUAAGUCUAGUGAGAAACCCAGGCUGCAUCAGAUCCCCUCAGAAGACAUGGACUCGGAGGACGGUGGUCGGACAUCACCCACAGAGCCUUCCUAUCAAAGCAGAAUGAGGGUGGAGUCAUUAAGAGGGGUGGAGCCAACAGUAGCCAACUGCCACGAAGACCAAAUCAACCUACAACAUGCACUCAUACUCAACCAGUCAUUGCUGUGGGAACAGCAAAAGCAGCUGCAGCAGCUCCGUCGACAGACUGUGCAAAUGGAGACACUGGCGGUACCCAUGAUACUUGGCGGCAGUGGCAGCGGGUUUGGUAGGGCCUUGGGUGUUCAUCGUCCACUGUCACGGACACAGUCGUCCCCGGCCUCUACCUCUCUCACCAUGCCGGAGAAACCCCUGAUCCUAACUGGGCAGGACACCAGCAGCCAACCACGCUUCACCACUGGCCUGGUAUACGACUCCCAGAUGCUGAAGCACCAGUGUACUUGUGGAGACAAUAGCAACCAUCCAGAGCAUGCUGGGAGGAUACAGAGCAUUUGGUCCAGGCUACAGGAGAGAGGCCUAAGAGGACAGUGUGAGAGUAUUCGUGGUCGAAAAGCCACACUAGAGGAGUUGCAGUCAGUCCACACAGAGCGCCAUGUUCUGCUCUAUGGCACCAACCCACUCAACAGACUCAAACUGGACAACCGUAAACUGGCUGGAAUCCUCUCUCAAAGGAUGUUUGUUAUGUUGCCAUGUGGGGGUGUAGGGGUUGAUAAUGAUACGAUCUGGAAUGAGUCGCACACCUCCACAGCAUCACGCAUGGCAGCAGGCAGCGUUGUGGAGCUGGCAUUCAGAGUGGCAAAAGGAGAACUAAAGAACGGUUUUGCUGUGGUCAGACCACCGGGACACCAUGCCGACCCCUCCAAUCCCAUGGGUUUCUGUUAUUUUAAUUCUGUAGCCAUUGCAGCCAAACAGCUCCAGCACAAGCUCAGUGUCAGUAAGAUCCUCAUUGUUGACUGGGAUGUUCACCAUGGCAAUGGCACCCAGGAAGUCUUCUACAGUGACCCCAGUGUCCUCUACAUUUCACUUCAUCGCUAUGAUGAUGGGAACUUCUUCCCUGGUAGUGGGUCACCCGCAGAGGUUGGUUCUGGAGCUGGUGAGGGGUUCAACGUUAAUGUGGCAUGGACAGGAGGACUGGACCCUCCUAUGGGUGACCCUGAGUACCUUGCUGCAUUCAGGUCAGUUGUGAUGCCCAUAGCUCAAGAAUUUUCUCCGGACGUUGUGCUGGUUUCAGCUGGAUUUGAUGCCGCAGAGGGCAAUCCCACUCCCCUGGGAGGCUACAAGGUCUCCGCCAAGUGUUUCAGCUUUCUGACCCGCCAGCUGAUGUCACUGGCAGGGGGGCGAUUGGUUUUGGCACUUGAAGGAGGCCACGACCUCACAGCCAUCUGUGAUGCGUCUGAAGCAUGUGUCAGCGCAUUGCUGGGCAAACAGGAGCCACUUCCAGAAGACGUUCUCCUGCAGAAGCCGAAUGCUAACGGAGUCCGCUCCCUGCAGACUGUCAUACAGAUACAAAGUCAGUACUGGCAGAGUGUGAAGUCCCACAGUGGCUCAGUGGAUCUGUCACAUCGGGCCGCUCAGACCUCGGACUGUGAGGAGACCGAUGCUGUCAAUGCUUUGGCUUCACUCUCUGUGGGAGUUCUCGCCAACAACAGCAGCCUUCCUGAUGAGCCGAUGGAGCAUGACAGUGACUCCAUAUAGGCAAAUUGAGGUCCUGUCUGUAGCCUCCUUACAUGACCAUGAAGGAGACAAGGAAUUGUUUUCAAUACCACUGAGCCCCACCAAUCUGCCUUAUUCAUACACACACACACACGUACGCACACAAACACACAAUGCUAACUCUCUCUAGAAUUGUCUUACAAGCACCUCAAUGCUGUUAACCAGUCAUCUGGUCUCAGCACCACUACCUGCAGUUAGUAAACUUCUGAAACCUCAACAAAGAGUGAUACAAAGAGCUGAAUAGACAUUUUAUGUCUGCAACUGACACUGGAGGAUGUCCAGAAGUCCAGUACCACAAACCCUAUGGGAACAGACAGAACUCAGACAUGCACCUCUAACUCUUCUUGAAGCACUAUAUCUACCAGCAGCUUUCUUGUUGCCUUAACUUUGCCUCGUCAGGACCAACGGACUUUGGAAACUAAUUAUUUUCUUUCUACCUUUCAUUGUGACGCUUUGCUUUCCAAAUUGAAAUUGAAGUAAGUGAUGGCUGUAGAAUGAAGCUGUGACAUCACAGAAAGCAGAGACAGCCAGCGUCAAGAUGCUAAGCUGUAAAAAGAAGUGGCCACAACAUACGGAAAAAAGAUGAAAGAGACACGGAGCCGCUGUCAGCUUUAGUGAUGUCACUUUAACCACUAAAAUAAGAUAAACAUGAGGAAAGAGACAAAAAGAAGACACACAAUGGACAAAUGUGGGUUGGGUUGUUUUUUUAGAAGCAAUGAAGAGGCAAAUGCCCUUAUUGUUUUAUUGCACUGUUCAUUCCUUAAUGUGAAACAUAAGAAAUUCCAAAGCUCUGGGAAAAGCCUUUUUGCUUAGGUUAUUUAACUGUUUUCUGAACAUUUGGAUAAAAUGUCUCCUUUGUUUUCCCCAUUCAUGUCUUAUAAAGUCUCUGAGUCACUAUAAAGUCACAUUUUUUUCUUUUUUUGGUUUGUUUUUAAUGAUCUCACAAUGUUAGUGCAGGGUUUUUUUCUUCACUGCUGUUCAUUGUCUUUAACACACACACACACACACACACACACACACACACACACACACACACACACACACACACACAGAUCAGUGAAGUAUUGUACCACUAACUUUGGAUACUGUAACUUACUGUUGAUAUUUUGAAUCAGUCAGCGUUCAUUCCACCUGAGGACCAUUGUGUUGUUGCUGUGUAGUAGCAAUAAUGUUUAUGCACUUACGGAUAUUACCCAAAGAAAAAUGCCUUAAAACAGCUUGCACUUGGAAAUGAGACUGUGGACGCAACCGAAGAGGGACCAUUUAGGAUCCUGUUCUUUACAAUAGGCCUUUUUUAAGGACCUUUGAAACUGUGGAUUUAAGUGAACAUGCCAUAUGCAGAUUUUUGCAUAUUGUUUGGUGUGGUGAAGACCACACAUAUGCUGUAUAAGGAGCUACAGUCAGAGCUCUGCUGGUUUUUAGUCCCUGAAAUGUUUUAUCUAACAAAUCUGAUGACAUCUCAGCCAUGUCACUGUUUAGGAACCGAAACAUGUUUGAUUCUCUACUCUGUCAGUUUUUGGGUUAAUCUCCAGCCUCUGUUGUAAUGUAAAUGGAGCCUAAAUACUCCAUAAGAAACUAGAAGACCUCCAAGAACACAUAGCUUUGGCAAGUCUUAAGUAAAUACCACAGGUUCCAUGAAGCGAAAUCUGAGAGAAAAGAAAAAUAUAGGAAUCUCCUUGUGGUGUAUUUCCCUUGGUGUAAUGAGAACACCGAUCUGAAAGCUGGCUUCCUCACUUACAUUGGGUGAGGGUAUAUUAACAAAUUGGACUAUAAAAAGUUUCAUAAUUUUGUUGUGGUCAUUGCAUCAGAAAUAAAUCUGUAUUCACACAGAAUAUGUAGUAUAAAAAAAUAGCAGGUUUUGAGCCCAGGUUUUAACACUCUUCUGAUACAAAUGUAUCUCCUUAAAAUUCACAUUUUAAUGCAUAACAUGUAUAGGGAGCUGUGCCAGGAACUCUGUGGGCUCAUCCUAGCUCUCAAUAUUAAAGGAGGUAGAGAGAAAAAAGUGACUGGAUCAGCUCCAAAAGUUAAGUUUCUUUGGCAAAUCACCCACAUUUCCACCGAGUUUCAAGAAAAUCAGUAGUUUUUACAUAAAUUUGCUGAGACAAACAGCACUGAAUACAUUACCCGCUUGGGGAAGUUUAUUAAGAUGAACUAGAAUAAAAAAAAAUUGCCUUGUGCAAAUCAGCCCACAUUAUCGGGUGCAUACAAUCAAGACUUGCUGCUUCGGGCUUUGUUGUCUGAUACAGUUUUUAAAUUGAAAUUUUUUUCAGUGUGUCUAAAUGUGCGGUCACAAAAUAUACUGUUUAGUCUUUAUUAUAGAGUUGUACUUUUUGGGUGCUUCUAAAAUGGCAGUUUGACACUAAAGCUGUACGAAAACUGAGAGCUUUUACUUUAAAAUCAUUGGUGGUUCUUUAUUAUGACUGUGCCCUGGUUGGAUCGCCUCUAAAGGUGAAGCUGCAGAGCUUCAAUGUUCUUUUUUGACAAAGGUGUGUUUUGCUUAUGUGCAAAUGUUGUCAGUCUACAUCUAUGAAAGAUAAUAUGCUUUCUGGCUGGCCAUGGGAAUUAUAUUAGGAAUUCCAUUUUCCUUUUGCCAGAUCUGCUCCACCAAACUAAAGAUGGUUGAAUGCGUCAGUUGACAGAAGUACAGUAGUCAUGAAAAUCGCAGAAAUACCAACAUUGUCUUUGUACUGCUUCGCCCAUAAGAGGAAAUACUUUUUAAAAAAUGGUAAUGUAUGCUUGUGGGCAUCUCUUCAUGGCAACAACUCCAACCUCUCAUUGUUCUUAUACUGUAGUGCUUGUUCUUGAUAGGUGACAGCAUUGAAGCAAUGAGUGCACAGCAGGUGCAUGUGUGGUGUCCAUGAAGAAACUGUUCUAAAAGAGCGAUCAUGUGUACAGGUGGACUGUUCACUCCUGCCAUGUGUUUUUUUUUUUUUUUUGGAUUUGCAAGUGUUAAUAGAUGUCUGUGUGUAUAUGUCACAUAAUGUAAAUGAACUCCUGUAUUAUAUUCUGUUUUUUCCUCCCAGUGGCUAUUUUUAUGUCUUAAGCAGAGGCCAGUAUUGCCUCAAUUCCUUUUAUUGCUGAUGUCAUUUGUACCUUCUUCUUUUGACAAACACUGUAUAUAGAAACUCUUAAGACCAAAAUACACAUCACACAUGUGCCUUUGAUGCAUUUGGUUGUAUGUGUAUUGGCAACUUUUAACUGGACUUGUUUUCAUGCUGUUUUUACCUGAAUGUUUUUUUGGGGGGUGGGGACUUUUCCCCCCGGUUUCCUACAAUCACUAUGUAUAGAAAUAAUGUCUAUUUUUUACUGUUGAUUUUGUCCUUUUCUCUUGAUUAAAAAGAAAAUAUUACUGAGA